AUGUCAAGUGUUUACUAUGAUUAUUCAACAUUCCUGGAUGGUAGAACUUUCACAGAAAUAUAUCAAAAUUUUAAUCAACUCGAGAAUUUAAAUAUAAUUGAAAAAUUAUGGGGGUCAUAUUAUUAUUAUAUGGGUAAUGAUUUAUUUGCAACUGGUUUAUUAUUCUUUUUGACUCAUGAGUUAUUUUAUUUUGGUAGAUGUUUACCAUGGGCAAUUAUAGAUAGAAUUCCAUAUUUUAGAAGAUGGAAAAUACAAGAUGAAAAAAUUCCAUCAGAUAUAGAACAAUGGGAAUGUCUUAAAUCAGUUUUAACAUCACAUUUUUUAGUUGAAGCUUUUCCAAUUUGGUUUUUCCAUCCAUUAUGUCAAAAAAUUGGUAUAAGUUAUCAAGUUCCAUUUCCAAAAUUACCAGAUAUGUUGCUACAAUGGGCAGUAUUCUUCGUUUUAGAAGAUACUUGGCAUUAUUGGUUUCAUAGAGGUUUACAUUAUGGAGUAUUUUAUAAAUAUAUUCAUAAACAACAUCAUAGAUAUGCCGCACCAUUUGGUUUAGCAGCUGAAUAUGCUCAUCCAAUUGAAGUUGCUUUAUUAGGGUUAGGUACUGUUGGUAUUCCAAUUGUUUGGUGUUUAAUUACAGGUAAUUUACAUUUAUUUACAGUUUCAAUUUGGAUUAUACUUCGUUUAUUUCAAGCAGUUGAUUCUCAUAGUGGCUAUGAAUUCCCAUGGUCAUUACAUAAUUUCUUACCAUUUUGGGCUGGUGCAGAUCAUCAUGAUGAACAUCAUCAUUAUUUUAUUGGAGGUUAUUCAUCAUCAUUUAGAUGGUGGGAUUAUGUAUUAGGUACAGAAGCAGGUCCAAAAGGUAAAAAAUUGAGAGAAGAUAGAUACAAAAAGCAGAUCUAG